AGCGCUGGAUGAACAGAGAAGGGAGAAUAGCCGUAAAUAUCCAGAUGGGAAUAUGUGGGAAGAACAUGGCUGGAUCGUAAGGAAGACAAAGCCUUUUUAAAUAAGAAAACAUCAUCCGCCUCUUCUGAAUCCCGAUUUGUGGGGCUAUUAAGCAGAAAACGAUACCAAUCAAAUGGGGUACCAGGAUGAAUGUGGGCAGAACCCCACUGAAUGAUCGGAUCGGGUCGAAAUCGAUGUCAAAAUAAGACGUUGUUUGACGCAACCGAGCCUUUGAAGAGUUAUCUGGCAUAUGUAUGUUGAAAUUUCAGACAAACACUGAUUUAAAAAAGCGAAAACUCCAGAUUAAAUGCAUUGAAUUCCUUCGGAGAGAUGUCAUCGUUUAGCCGUAAGGACUGGAUGUGAUUCUUCAGCUGUGAAUAUGGGAGAUCUGACCGACUCCAGUGAUCCAAAAGAUACUUUUAUUGUUCCUGCCAUCAAGUCGUUUGAUCAUUAUGAUUUUAACAAAGCUAAAACGAGAGCCAGUCUCACAUGGCUCGUGGCAAAAGCCUUUGGUACAGACAGUGUUCCAGAAGAGCUCAGCGAGCCCUUCUACAAGGACCAGUAUGAGCAGGAGCACCUCAAACCUCCGGUGGUGAGCCUGCUGCUGUCAGCCGAGCUGUACCGCAAAGCAGGAAGCCUGAUCCUAAAGAGCGACGCCGCCAAACCUUUGCUGGGUCAUGAUGCCGUCAUACAGGCUCUGGCUCAGAAGGGCCUGUACGUCACUGACCAGGAAAGACUGGUGACAGAGAGGGACCUGCAGAAGAAACCCAUACAGAUGACCGCCCACCUGGCCAUGAUUGACACUCUGAUGAUGGCGUACACGGUGGAAACGGUGAGCAUUGAGAAGGUGAUGGCAUGCAUGCAGCAAUAUUCCACCGAUGACCAGGAUGGAGAUGUACCAUACGACACAGAGGAUGCUGUGACCAGCUGGAUGAAUAAGGUGAACGAAUACUUGAAGGAGAUCAUAAUGCAGGAGCAGCGGAGGAGAGAAGCACAAAGCGCCGAGCCUGUAGAGAAUCCAAAGUCGCCAACCAAGUGGUAUAUGAAGCUGGUUCCUGCCCGUUAUAGAAAGGAGCAGGUUCUGCCCAAAUCUGUUCCCUGGAUCCCCCCGGUGGACAACCUGCUGAAAGACAGCACAGAUGGCUGUGCCCUCGCAGCCGUGCUGCACUUUUACUGCCCCCCUAUCGUCAACCUGGAGGACAUUUGCCUGAAGGAGACCAUGUCACUGGCAGACAGUUUGUACAACCUCAAGCUCAUUCAGGACUUCUGCAGGGAGAACUUCAACCAGUGCUGUCACUUCAGUCUGGAGGACAUGCUAUAUGCCCAUUCCUCCAUCAAAAAUAACUACCUUGUGUUUAUGGCUGAGCUCUUCUGGUGGUUCGAGGUUGUAAAACCACCAUUCGUUCAGCCACAGGUGUUAGAUGCUGAAGCUCCAGUACCCUCACUGAAAGAUUUGCCGUCUGUACCCAUCUCAAAAGUCACAAAGAGGAGUUUCACAGAAAGACCUCCCAGUCCAGACAGACCAAGUCUCCCCCUCCGACCUCAACCACAGACUUCAGGCUCGGGUGAGAUCAAGCGAUCAACCUCAAUGUCAUUCGUGGAGAGCUUCAUGGGUACUUGGCCCAAAGAGAAGAGGUCUCCUGCUCAGGGAGUGUCUUUUGAAAUCCCAUUUGAUAAAGAAAACAUCACUCAAACUUCUACAUCAACCGGCCGGGGGAUGACCCGGUCUGUCAGCACUGAAGGGUUUGGUUUUAAGAUGGCCCAUGGCACCAGUGGCAUUAAGAGAAAUCUGUCUUUUCAGCCUGUCAAUGGUAAGAACAUGGGAAUUGAAGAGGAGGAAAGCUGCCCUGAGGGCCUGUCUGGAAAUCAUAACAGUCGUCUAAAUGGUUCUGGGCCACCAAGCAUCGAAGAGGCUCUGGAGAUCAUCCAUAACUCAGAGAAAGAGUCACAGAGCGCCAGUGAGGGUUUCUUUCUUCAUCUCCAUAGCAAAGGAGAAUUGAACCCCAAAGCAAAAGAAGGCAAUCUAGACUCAGUUUCGGAGUCGUCCAAAGGUGUUGAUAGCAUGUCAACCACGGAAGUUGACACUGGCAUCCAUGUGCGAACGGAGGACAUUCAAGAGACGUUAGAUGAGGACUCAUCGCUUAGGGAUUGUACUGUAAGCAUGGAUCUGGACACAGAUCAAGACUUUGAGGCCAGAGCAUGCCAUAGUCAGGGCUCGACAAGCCCGUGUCCCAGCAGCAUCGGUGCCAAGUCCCCUGCUGGAAGUACCCCAACCCCUUCUUUCACACCUGUGAUCAAGAUGACCAGCUUUGCCGAGCAGAAGUUUCGUAAAAUCAAUCCAAAGUUUGAGCCCAAAGGUGCCACCUCCAAAGGUACUACACCGGACGCUUCAGAUCUCAACAUUCCUCACUCUGUCUCCUGGGCGCCUUCUCCCGAGAUCAGCCCUGUACGCCAGGCGCCCAAGGACCCUGCCCAAGCCAUGGCUUCUGAAAUGGUACAACUGCGCAUGAGGCUCGAGGAGAAACGUCGUGCCAUCGAGGCCCAGAAGAAGAAAGUGGAAGCUGCAUUUACUCGUCACCGUCAAAAAAUGGGACGCAGCGCUUUCCUCACCGUGCUCAAGAGGAAAGGCGACAGCACAUCGCCAUCACAGGAGGACGCUCCUGACUCAGAAAGCAAGACUCCAGCGGAGACGCCUCAGCCUGUUAAGUCUCCGCAAAAGUCGCCGGGCGAGGACGGCACCUCCGAAGCAGAACUAAUGGAGUACACACACUCCAUUGAGAAGCUCAAUGAUUCCUUGAGCUUCUUGCAGGCUGAGAUGCAACGACUGGCCCAGCAACAGGAAGUCAUCAUGCAGAUGCGUGAGCAACAGGCUUGGGUUGUGCCUCAACCUUCACCGCAAAAACAAGUACGGGAGUUCAGGGGGAGCGGCGCACACUCUUCCGAUUCCCCGUCACCUGCUGAUUUUCCAAGAGAUACGCAUCAAUCCCCUACAAACCUCAAGAGAAAGUCUGCUUCCUUCCAUUCCAAGACUCCAAGGACACCCAGGCCGAGUGAGCUUAAGAUCGCCCCCUUCAGCCGCGUCCUGACCGUUCCUCAGUCAGUGGACAGCAUACCACGUCUCAGAAGGUUCUCCCCGUCUCAGUCUGUAUCGUGCUCCUUUUCUUAUUUGGGACAGAAGAAGCAACAACCUGCAGGAACUGAAACCACAGACAAGGAGACUGAACAAGACUUUGGUCUGGAGUCUGGAAAUAUUACGUCCCCAACCAAAGAAACCCAACUGUUCGAAACAGGAGAGGUUGAUUUAAGCGCCAAGGAGCCGACGGAGGAGGAAAAGAAACAAAUCAACGGAAAAGAAAAACUAAAGCCAACAGAUGAGAUUAGGCCUGCAGUGGAGUCGAAUGUAUCAGAAGUGUUAUCGCACUUUGUAAUGGAAACGGUUAUUGUCACUCCCACCGAGAAGCCAGUAGACAUCACCCAUCAGACUAACAAAAAUUUGAUCGAGGUCCCGCUGUCUGUCCUUAAGCCUUUGGAUGGACAAAUGCCGGAGGAGGAAGGCGAGAUGGAGCAAUCAGGGGAAAAUAAGGAGGAUGAUCAAAAACUGUGCUGUGGAUUCUUCUUUAAGGACGAUAUGAAGGGAGAGGACAGCAUGGCCAUGAAGCGCGCCGCACUUCUGGAGAAAAGGCUGAGAAGAGAGCGAGAAAGCCAGCAGAGAAAACAGCAGCUGGAGGCGGAGCUUGAGCAAAAGAAAGAGGAAGCCAGGUUGAAAACAGAGGAGGACCGCAUGAAGAAGGAAGAGGAAAAAGCCCGGCGAGAAUUUAUCAAGCUGGAGUACAUGAGGAGAAAACAGCUGAAACUAAUGAAAGACAUGGACACACUUGUGAAACCGAAGCCUGCUGGGGUCAAGCAGAGAAAAAUGAGACCCAAGUCCAUCCACAGAGAUGUGCUGGAGUCGCCCAGGACUCCUGUCAGGGGCCCGGCAGGUUCACGACCUCGUGUUUUUUCAGCGUCAAGCUUGUCUCUGGCCUCCCUAAACAUUGGCGAUAAUGACAGUGUCGGUUCAGAGAGAAAAACACCCAGCAGGCCUGAUUCUGCAGACGGUUGCUUGUCUCCUGCUCGCUCCGGUAGCCGUAACGGAGAUAAGGACUGGGAUAAUGGAUCUACCACAUCCUCACUGACAUCCAACACUGAAUACACAGGUCCUAAAUUAUACAAGGAGCCUAGUGCAAAGUCCAAUAAACAUAUAAUACAGAAUGCUCUUGCUCACUGCUGUCUAGCUGGAAAAGUCAACGAGGGACAGAAGAACAAGAUCUUAGAGCAAAUGGAGAAAUCAGAGGCCAACAAUUUCCUGGUCCUCUUCCGAGAUACCGGCUGCCAGUUUCGCUCCGUUUACACAUACUAUCCCGACUCGGAGGAGAUCAACAAGCUGGCAGGCAUCGGCCCGAAAACCAUCUCACGCAAGAUGAUCGACGGCCUUUACAAGUACAACUCGGACCGGAAGCAGUUCAGCCAAAUCCCAGCCAAGACCAUGUCGGCAAGCGUCGAUGCCAUCACUAUCCACAGCCACUUAUGGCAGACCAAAAAACCAGGGACUCCCAAAAAAGUAGCGGCCGUGAAAUCCUAGUCCUAAAACUAGUUUGUUUACCACCACACAUUCUCAAUGCACUUCUUUGUACAUACUGGACUCGUCGCAUGACAGAAACUUUUUACACACUUCCAUCUAAACUCUCUCUCGUUCCUUUCUGUUCACUGAGAACAUGUUUUAUGCACAACUGGAAUGUAAAUCUCUGCAGGGUGGCAAAUGGAUCUCAUGUAAAUGUCCGGCACCCAAGACCGAAUCAUGUUUAAAACUUUAUGUGCCAAAAAACCAUUGUCAUGGAUGUCCUGUUAUUUUAAUUUGAUACACUAAAAGCACUGAAUGUUAUAAGUUUGUACAGUCCUCGCACAUUUGUUGAUGUGGCCUUAAGUUGAUUUUUUAUUUCUAUGUUUGUUUUUAUUUUUUUGUGUUUGUUCAUUUUUUACGACUGUAUAUGAUUGUACGGCUGCUUAUCGAGAAGCUCUCAUGGCAUAGCUUGUGAUUGUACUGGUUUAAUAUAAUUGUAAGCAAGUUUUCUUGGCGAGCUUUGUCAUAUUUAAUAUACAUUAAUCGGUGUGGUAAUGUGCGGUGAGUUAUAUUGUUUGCAGACAGGACCCACUUCUGAUGGGUUUUAACAUUCUUGAACUAAAGUACACCGGCAUGGAUUCACAGCAGGAUUGUGAAUUCAUAAAAUUUCAUUGCUCUAGGUGUAUUUGUUUUUGUAUGUGUUUUGGGGUCUUUAAACGGACCGAAGGUAUUGUUUUAAAUUCAGCGUUAUUAUCUUUUAAAAUCGUAUUUAUCUAUUACAGGCUUUAGGGCCAGGGAUUAUAAAACCAAACCGUUCUGUUGUAUUGGUUUACGAUUGUUGGUGCGACCAUUAGGUUUCAACUUCAUGGAUGAUGGAUGAGAUUAAAAUAAAGGUCUUUUCACACGUUGCUGAUGUCAAAGACUAAGCGUAAAGCAUGGCUUUUUCAAUCACAGCCAAUGAUUUUUGGACAUUUUCCUGCUGACAAAAACAUUUGAAUUGAUUUCAAUAGGAAUUGUAUUGGUCUUAAUGGAAACUAUUUGGGUCUGUUGGUGGGAUGUUAUGUGGCUGGUGGGAACAGAUAGAACACCAUACACACUACAAGGAAAUUUUGUUUUGGUUUUAAUGGUAAAAUAUCGGAUGUUACAUUAUUGCAUUUGCUUUGGAAACUAUCUGAAUUCGUAGUUUUUCUACAGCACCAUUGCCCAUAUGUGACUUUGGACCUAAAAACCAGUCUUAAGUAGCACAGGAAAAAAAUCCAAAAAUACAUUGUAGGAGUCAAAAUUAUGAUUCAUGUUCCAUGAAGAUAUUUUGUACAUUUCCUACUGUAAAUAUAUCAAAACUUCAUUGUUGUGACUAAUAUAUAAUGCUAAGGACAAACUUUUUUCUCAAUAUUUAGAUUUUUUGCAAAAAAAAGUCAGAUUCCAGACUUUCAAAUAGUUGUAUCUUGACCAAAUAUCAUCCUAUCCUAAAAAAAUUGACCCUUAAGACUGGUUUUGUUGUCUGGGGUCACAUAGAUAAUCUGAUUCUGAGAGACUGAUUAUUUGUAUAUAAAGUACACAUGUCAAGCGUACGACACAAUACUUAGUAUAUCACGGUAUUUCGUUUGCUGUCUUAUUUUUACUGUUUACACAUUCCUGUUUAAACCUCAAAAUCAUAUUUUUUUUAGUACUGUACAGAGGUCAAAGUGUGACGAGAGAGUUGGAAUCAUUUUCCAGAAACUUUUGUACGUUGAACGCUCACUACGACUGGUCUAAAGUAUUUUCCAGUGUUGUCCUGGGUCACGCAAAAGUGUUAAAAAGCCGUUUGCCAAAAUUGUCUUAGCUGAUUGUUGGAGGGAUUUCCUAUUUUGCAACUGAGGGCUAAACCUUUGAUUGGUAAAAUUUUACAUGAUGAAAAAAUGUGUUGAUCUUCAGGAAAGUCACAUUUUGCUGGAAUUGAUGUUAGCACCCCUCUUACUGGUUUUAGAGCAGAAUGUGACUGUAUACGGGUAGAGUUUGAUGCCUGACGAAAAUGACUGCCUUCCUAUCCUGCUCCUUGAAAGCCAUUUAGUUUAGUCGUUUCCCCUUGCAGUUGUAAAAAAAAUGGUUAUUGCCAUUGAAAACAUUAACUCACACCCGUUUACUAAUAAAUAACUAUCGAUUAGUUGAAUGAAAUUCACAGAAGUCUAUUAACAAAAUAAUUUUCAUCCUAUUAGAAAAGUUCAACUGUAAACAGACUUGAGUUAUUUGGUCAUUUCAGGUCAGAAAAACAUGUUAUUUCAAUGAGCAUGAUAAACCAUUGUACAGUGUGUGUUCUGUGAUCUCUCUUCACUGUCUCUUUGAUUUCAGGAGCUGUGCUGUCAUUAUGCUAAAAUAACAUGACAGAUUUCCAUUGCAUUCAAUAAAGUUUCGCAUGGC